AUGUUGGCUCGGAACAUAUCUCGGAGUUUUUGGAAUGCUUUGCGUCUGGAGACCCGAUUCUUAUCUUCAGACACAGCCAAGCCACUGCCUGAAACCAAAGAAGGUGUAGAACCAACUCAGGCUGAAGCACUGGACAAGGACAUCUGCCUAUUAGUGGACGAAAAGGACAAUAUCAUUGGUACCGCAACCAAGAGAGAAUGCCACAAAGUCGGCCCUGAGGGUGACAUCUUGCUGCACCGAGCCUUUAGUGUCUUCCUUUUUAAUAAGAGAGGUGACAUGUUGUUACAAAGGAGGUCAAGCCAAAAGGUUACAUACCCAGAUUACUACUCCAACGCCUGCUGCAGCCAUCCAUUGUACAUAGACAACAAGCCAGAGAACAUCAUAGAUGCUGCCAGGCGGAGACUGAACCAUGAACUAGGCAUACCUAUGGACCAGAUGGAGCCGGAGCUGUUCACGUUCCUGACGCGCGUGCACUACCACGACCCCGGCGACGGCGUGUUCGGCGAGCACGAGAUCGACCACGUGCUCUUCCUGCAGAGCGACGUCAAGAUCAAGCCCAACUCGGACGAGAUAUCCGAGUACUGCUUCGUGCCCAAAAACGAGUUCAAUGCAUUUAUCCCGACGUUGGAAGGGCCGAUAACACCCUGGUUCAACAUGAUCAGGCGCCAUAGACUGAAGCUAUGGUGGGACAACCUCCACCGUCUCAAGGAACUCGCCGAGCCAGAGAAAAUACACAAGUUCAUAGACAAAUAAUCAUAUUUCCAUUUAUAUUAUAUUGUCAUUAACCUUUUGACCGCCACAGUCAGCCUUGGCCGUCAACGGAGUCUUGCCAAGGACGCAAACGACGGCUACAGCCAACAGCUUCGCCAAUGCAAUAGGGCCUUAUGCGGGACUCCGUAAAGUUCAAUUUCGCUUAAAUAAAUCGCGAUUGCCUGGCGUCCGGGGCACGGCGUGUUCCUUCGCCGUGUGGCGUUCAAAAGGGUAAUAAUAUUAUGUGUAUACAAUUAAUUACGAACAAGGAAACAGUAACAAUCCUAACAAUUUGGCAUUUUAUUUAAUUUACUUCAAUUAAUCAAAUCUGUUAAUUUUAUGUCUAGCUAUUCUAUGACCCUGUGACACUUGUAAUAUUUGAAUAGUUGUGCUAUUAAAAGUUAUUAAGGCACUUUAGUUAACAAAACGAUAUUGUUUGCGCAUCUGUAUGUUUCAUGCGUCAGCACCUUUAAUAUAUUACCAGUGUCGUUACUUAUUAUUUUAGUUAUAUUCGUAAGUCUUAGCUACAAAAAUAAGGCGCGAUAAAGUUUAAAUAUUCUUCAUAAACACAAGCCAUAAGAUUUGUCGCGCGCCGAUGUUUCUAGUUUUGUUCUAAUUCUAUAAGCAAGCAGCUGAUAAACGUUAGUAGGUAAUUAGGUAUUGAAAUUCAAAUUAUAUUCAAAUUAUUUAUUUUAUUAAACGUUAUUCCCCA